UCUAUACUCCUCUCCUACUACACUUCUUACUUCAAUACACCCAAGCAAGAUGUAUACCACUAUUGCAACUGUUGCUGUCCUCGCUGCCUCUGUUAUGGCUGGCCCCAUCCCCUCCUCUACUGGUCCCAUGCCCUGCCCCGAGGGCAACUGGCCCAAGAUGGCCGGCCAUGGUCCCGUCUGUGUCCCCAAGUCCACUGUUGAGGAAUCUCCCAUCCUCUUCACUUGCCCUGAGACCGCUUGGCCCGCCAUCUUUGGCAUCGGCCCUGCCUGUGUCCCCAAGACAUCUUCUACCAACGUCGCCAGAUCCGAUGAUGACAAGGGUAUUGUCUUUACCUGCCCUGGCAAUGCCUGGCCUGCGCUCUUCGGUCACGGCCCGGCGUGUAUCCCCAAGGCAUCUGGCGUCAACGCUAGAGAUGCCGAGGGUGAUCAGAACACCUUCACCUGCCCCGAGAGCUCUUGGCCUUCUAUCUUCGGCCACGGCCCCGUCUGCAUCCCCAAGGAUUCCAAGAUCGUCCCCAAGUCUAUUGAGGAUAACAGCGCAACCUUUACUUGCCCUGGAGGCUCCUGGCCCGCAAUUUUUGGUCACGGCCCUGUCUGCCUUCCCAAGGCUUAGGGGUUGUCUGUUACAAACCUCAAACUUGGGCUUGAUCGGGUAAUGAAAUGAAUAAUG